AUGGAUAAAAAAGCAAUAAGAUUUGAAGAAUACAACCCGGACUCGUCAAAUUGGGACAGUUAUAUAGAUCGAUUGAAGUUUUGUUUCGAGGCGAAUGGCGUCAUUGUAGAUAAUGUUAAACGCGCUAACUUUUUUACAGUUUGUGGUUCGCGGGUGUACGACACUUUACUUGCUUUAAUUACGCCGAGAAAGGCUACUGAAGUGACUUUUGCGGAAAUAGAAACUCUUCUCGGUAAACACUAUAGCCCGAAGCCUAACGAAAUAUCGAUGUCGUUUAAGUUUUACAAACGCGAUCAAAAACGUAGUGAGUCUGUAUCGGACUUUAUAGCUGAUGUGAGAAAACUUAGUUCGAAAUGUAACUUUACCGAUUUAGAAAGAAUGUUGCGCGACAAACUCGUGUGCGGGAUGAGUGAUAGUAGAUUACAAUACGAACUUUUGAAAAAGGACAACUUAAGAUAUCAAGACGUGGUGGAUGCUAUGUUGGCAUCCGAGAGCGCGGGGCGCGACGUGCGCAUGAUUCACGCCACCGCCAGCAACAGCAGCGGCGCGACCGCCGACGCAGCUACGCCCGCUCCAGAAGCUGGCGAGCCGAUGGACGUUAACGCGAAACGCGGUCACAUUGAAAAAAUUUGUAUAAAGAAAAAUAAGACGAAUAACAAGAGAGACAUCAACUUAACAGAGGAAGAUGAUCAUUUAAACGGUAUAUAUAGCAUACGGAGUACAGCACGGGUCCCUCCCUACGAAGUGGAGGUUAUAAUAGCAGACGUGCGCGUUCGUAUGCAAGUAGAUACAGGUGCCAGUUUCUCUCUUGUCAACGAGCGCACAUGGAACGUGCUCGACAAACGCCUCCCGCGCGACUCUCUACAACCGGUGCAGUUGUCUCUGCGUACGUGGAACGAGACUCCAGUCAAACUUCUAGGACAGGCUACUGUAUCGGUCCGUUUUAAGGAUAUCGUUCAAGUUCUGAACGUCAUAGUGGCUAAAGGCACCGGGCCAAACUUGCUUGGCCGAGAUUGGUUAUCACCACUCAAAAUAACUAUGAAUAUAAAUUUUGUUGCUAAUGGUGAUCUUGUACAGAUGGAAAAAGUAAUAGCCAAUCACGGAGAAGUGUUCAGGGAUGGCCUUGGUACUUACAAAGGUAAUCCAGUAGCUAUUCAUGUUAAAUCAGGCGCAAACCCAAGAUUUCUUAAGGCUCGCCCAGUGCCAUAUGCGCUUCGAGAACGAGUGGAGAAGGAAAUAGACCGGCUAGAGCGAGAAGGAGUAUUGCGAGCAGUUUCGUUUUCGGAAUGGGCUACCCCGGUGGUCCCUAUAGUAAAAAAGUCUGGGGAAAUAAGAUUGUGCGGAGACUACCGCAGUACAGUCAAUGAGGCAACUGAGUCCGAUACGUAUCCAAUGCCAACGGCUAAUGAAGUUUUUGCAACGGUGGCCGGUGGAAAAUUCUUUACAACUCUUGACUUAGAUCGAGCUUAUACACAAGUCAUUGUAGACGACAAUACAUCAAAGCUGCUCACUUUAAAUACAUGUAAGGGUCUGUACACUGUGCACAGACUGGCAUUUGGUGUAAAGACAUGCCCAGGAAUUUUCCAACGAUUAAUGACGUCGUUACUAGCUGGUAUACCAGGAGUUGCAGUUUUGAUCGACGAUAUUAUCAUCUGUGGGCGUACAAUGUUAGAAAUGCACGAGAGGCUAGACGUCGUACUUGAAAGAAUCGAAAAAGCUGGACUUCGUUUAAACAAAAAUAAAUGCAAGUUCGCUAAAGAGAGGGUGGAAUUUUUAGGAUUUGUUAUUGAUUCGGAAGGCAUACAUCCGGCACCGAGUAAGGUGGAAUCAAUAGUAAACACUCCAGCCCCUAAAAACAAAAAAGAGUUACAAGCAUUUCUUGGGCUUUAUAACUUCUAUGAGCGAUUCAUACAAAACAAAGCGACUAUACUUGAGCCUUUACAUCGAUUAUUGGAUACUGAACAGGAUUGGAAAUGGACGAAGGUAGAACAAAAUGCAUUUGAGACAGCGAAAAGGUUACUUACAUUUGACGUGACUUUGAUACAUUACGACGUAAACAAGCCAGUAAUACUCACGUGUGAUAGUUCUGAGUACGGAGUGGGAGCUGUAUUGUCUCAUGAGAUGGAAGAUGGUACAGAUCGCCCAGUUGCAAUGGCAUCUAGAACGUUACAUUCGCAUGAAAGGCGUUACUCUCAACUUGAUAAAGAGGCCGCGUCGAUUAUGUUUGGGAUUACCAAAUUUCAUAACUACCUGAUGGCGAGACGUUUUCGUAUAAUCACGGAUCACAAGCCACUGCUCGGGAUUUUUGACCCCAAAAAACCUAUGCCCAACAUGCUCUCACCUCGGUUGACUAGAAUUGCUAUUGCACUUACUUCACAUAACUAUGAAAUAACAUACAAACCUGGACCAAAGAUUGGUAGUGCGGAUAGCCUAAGUAGAUGGCCACAACCGGUUCCAGAACAGCCUGAACAGCAAUUAUGCGACAUUUUGCUAAUGGCUGAAACACCUGAAGACUUUCCCUAUGAUGCAGAACACAUAGCUUCAGCGACAAGACAAGACAAAACCUUGUGUCAAGUGGUACACUAUAUUCAGCGCGGGUGGCCUGCAAAAGUAAAAGAUAGAGAAUUACGACCGUUUUGGUUACACCGGUUAGAGUGGUCGUUGCAAAAUGACUGUAUACUCCUUGGUUGCAGGGUAGUAGUGCCAAGAUCCUUUAGACAACAGGUAUUACAAGUUUUACACAAAUCACAUACAGGAAUAGUACAAACUAAAGCAGUAGCGCGAAGCUAUGUGUGGUGGCCAGGGCUCAAUGAAGAUGUCGAAUCGUUAAUCGGCAGUUGCACAAAGUGCUUAGAAAACCGACAUAUGCCGCCAAAGACGAGUCAUGAAUGGAUUACACCAGCAAGACCAUGGUCAAGACUCCACAUUGAUUUUGCUGGACCGUUUCAUAGCAAGUAUUUUUUAAUAAUUGUUGACGCACACUCAAGAUGGCCUGAACUAUAUAUGGUUAACAACACAACGUCAGCUACAGUGAUAAGACUUUUGAGAUCAGCUUUUGCAACACACGGGUUGUGUGAAAUGUUGGUGUCUGAUAACGGCACUUCUUUUGUAUCGAGCGAAAUGCAGAAGUUCUUGAAGGCUAAUAAUAUUCGGCAUGUGACUACUGCACCCUACCACCCCGCUACUAAUGGGUUAGCGGAGCGGAUGGUACAGACAAUAAAAGAUAAGCUAAAGAAAAUGGACUCCUUAUCAUGGGAGGUUAGAAUUCCUAAUUUAUUGUUGGCGCUUAGAAGUACGCCAUGCACAACAACCAACAAAAGCCCUGCCGAAUUGUUAAUGAAGAGGCGUCUACGAACACUUUUAGAUACUCCGCAUCCAGAUAACCUGCAAAAUAAGAAGACAGAGAAACAGAUAAGCAACAAUAACCAAAAGAAGCCACGACAGACUAAUGUAAGUCAACAGAUAAUGUACAGAAAUUAUAGCAAUAUGGGGCCAAGAUGGCUACCAGGUAUCAUAAACGAAAAAAUAGGUCCAUCGAGCUACAAGAUUGAAACCAAUGAUGGUGUGAUUGUUAAUCGACAUAUUGAUCAAUUAAUUAAAAAAACAGCGGCAACAACUCAGACAGAAGAAAAAGAGGAAAAUAAUGGAACUCCAGUGCCCAACCAAGGAACUGAAGAAACUGAUGAGAACAUGAAUGAGGACUUAAAUGAGGGAAAAGAAGGAAGUAGUCAAGGAUCUGAGGCAAUAAUUACCAUACCAGAUUCUUCUCAAUGGGCUGAAAUGUUAGGGAUUCCUUCUACCUCGGAAAGGACAGGCAAAAUCAAAAAUAAAUGUAGUAUGCGUUCUAAGUCACCGUACCAGAGACCUUAA